CAUAAAAGCUCCAGCUUAAAGCGUCAGUUGAUACUCCAUAAUUUAUCAGUCACCUGAAACUUUUUCCACUUGAGAUGGUGCCGGUGAAUUGCCGUUUUGCUUACAAUCUCUAAGAGAGAUUUAUCUUAUCUGCUUCCCGGUGAAAAGUCUGCACCCCAAAAUGUUCGAGUCUCAGUGUUCUCUAGGUAGUCUGGCUGAGAAAGUGUAAAAAUCAUGUCCGAAACAAUCAGACAAUUGACACCUGAAUUGGCCAAGUUGGCGCAGGAGGAACUCAAUGAAGUGCCAGAAAGGAUAUCCGAGGAUAUAGCAGCUCUUAAAGAGUGGAUCCGGAAACAGCCUCAUCUACGAGCUCGGGCAGAUGAUCAGUUUCUCGUGGGAUUUCUCCGGGGUUGUAAGUGGAGUUUGGAAAGAGCAAAAGAGAAAAUCGAUAGCUUUUAUACGGCUCGAACAGUGGUCCAUGAAUUAAUGAGUCCUAGAGAUCCUCUUUUGGAGAAAAACUUAACAAUUCUUAGACUCGGUUAUCUGGUACCUUUGCCCCACACGGAAUUUCCUCACAGUCCACGUGUCGUUCUUAUAAGAUACGGUUGCUAUGAUCCAGACCAGUACUCUAUUGUUGAUGUACUCAGACUUAGUGUAAUGAUUGGAGAUUUAAUGCACCUUGACGAUGAUAAUAGAAUGUGCGCUGGAGAAAUGGCCCUUGUGGACAUGGAAAAUACAACAAUGAAGCAUUUCUUCCAAGUCACUCCAAUGCUAAUGAAGAAGCUUGCAAUGAUGACACAGGAAGCAGCUCCAAUAAGGCAGAAGGGUUUUCAUUUUUUCAACACUGCUGCAGGAUUCGAAGUGGCUUUCGGUGCAUUUCGGAAUUUGAUGAAAGAGAAACUUCGCCAAAGGUUCCAAGUUCAUGGAAAUGGUCUAGAAUCAAUUAUUAAGGUUGUUCCGCAAAAAAUCCUACCGAAAGAAUAUGGUGGUGACGCAGGAAGCGUCCAGGAUAUUUUAGCAUAUUGGGAGAAAAAACUAAUAGAAAAUAGAGAAUAUCUCCUUAGCGAAGCGAACUUUGGUGUAGACGAAGAUAAGAGGAUUAAUGGAAAGAACGAAAUGCAAGAAAUUUACGGCACUCAAGGGUCUUUCCGUAAACUUGAAAUUGAUUAACUCUGUAAAAUACUCUGCAUGAAAUAUAGAUUCAAUUUUCCAAA